UAAACAAUGUAACUUCAUCUAGGCUGCUAGCUAACGUGAGCUAACGUGAACAAAAGAGGGAGAGCACGCCUCCCAUCUGUUAACGAGACACCGGCUAUUUCUUCUGUCUCCUGAUGGACUCAUCAUGGAUCCACAGCAGCAGCAGCGUGGUUGCGGAUGGAGUCAAAUAAUCAUUUCAACUAUGGCACCCACUCCUCCUCAGCAAACUCAGGACUGAAACUCUCCUCAGGGGAUUCUCUUUAUAGUAACGGGUCCUCCAUGAGUUUUCCUCAGCAGGGAAAGAAUAUGAAUGGCGAAAUGAAUGUGAAUGGCGUCACUACUGUACACGGGUCCGGUGUGCCUGGUUCCCACCCACCGACAGCUCCUUACCCACACAUGAGCAACCACCACCAGAGCAGCAUGGGCUAUGACUACUUGUGGGGAGGACACCCUCAGUAUGGUCCAGCCAUGGGCACCUCUCCCGGGCACGGGAUGCACCAGAAGCAGCCGACACCUGGGAUGGUGCAGCCUCAGUCCCAGCACCACUUCCAGGGUCACGGACAGUACCAGCUGAAUGGGGGCGUUGAAAGCUCCCACCAGCCCCCUGUGGCAGGCCCACCAAGCAUGCCUCUUACUGGGAGUCAGUACUGGAACAGGAGUAACCCUGGCCCACAGCAGAUAAGUUAUAAUUCCCACAGUAUGUAUGGGACCUACCAGAGUCAGGCGCAUCCUGGAAUUACACCAUCACAACAUCACCAGCAGCAGUCCUUACAACCGCCCCCACAUCAACCGUCACAGCAACACCUCCACUCCCAUCGUCUACCGCACCACCACCACCAGCAGCACCAGCAACCGCAGCAUUAUGGCCUGAUGCCUAAUGGGAUGCCGUACUACCAGCAUCAACCCCAGCACCCGUCCCUACCAUCUCCCCAGCAGCAGCCACCGCAGCAGUCUCAGCCCCAAGGCCAGGCUCAGAUGAUGCCCCCAGCUGCCCAGAAUUUUACUCCUCCACGUGGCAGCCCACAGCACCACAGUUUAGGCAGUGGGGGCACUGGCAGCCCUCUCCCCGUGGGGAUGUCCUCAACACCUCUCAUGUCACCGUCAACAGUGCAGGAUAGUGGAUCACCCAAGGGCCACAGCAGGGAACGGAGCCCCCACGCUAGCAAUGUGGGAAUAUCUACUGUCAUGCAAGGGCAUACGAGAGAAGCUGCCAAAGAGGUAGACACAAGCUAUAAUGGCAUGGAAAGGGCACCUGUUGCCCAUAGGCUACCCAAAAGUGCAGCUCAUGUGGGACCUGAUUUCCGUCAGCAUUCUGAACAGCCAGCAGCUCAGCAUCCAGAAAUGGCUUCCGCUGUCAGAGAGACAGCCGAUAAUACACCUCCCAAGUCUGUGUCAUCUCAGCUCUCUGCGUCUACCAAGGCCUCAACUCCUCCUCGGGUCUCCGAGUCCCCCACAUCUGCUCCCGGGCCCCCUAUAGUAUCACCCCCUGAUGUAGAAUCGACUCCACCACAAAUCUCAAAGCCCCCCAAUGUGUCCUCUACUCCAUCUCCAGCUGCUCCUCCCAGACUUUCCUCGUCUCCUCUAAUGAAGCAAGGCCUCAGGCCUCCUUCUGCUGCUGCGACUGAGACAUCCUUUGGUGGAUCCAAGCAUCUGUCAGUGGGGUCUUCUUCCUCCUCCCUGACUGCAUCACCUCAAAAGUUGGCUACACCUCAUGCUUCGACUGACAGUGUGUCUAAACCUGCAGCAGUUUCUUCAGUCUCUCCAGUGUCUCCUCCUUCAUCGGACCCUGUGGCUCAUCUAACAAAGUCUUCACUGCCUCCUACAGCUUCUGAACCUCCUUCAACUCUCACAACGGCACCCAUCUCAUCCCUUCAACAGAUGGUUCAAGGGUCCAGGCCUCCUCUAAUGACAUCUCGCUUUCCCGAUACAUCUGGAGCUCAGCAUGUAAAGCACGGACCCCCAAAAUUAAUGUAUGCUGCUUCAUCGAUGGGUGCAAAAUCCUCAUCUGCUGGUGUGGCUCCACCUCUGAUGUCAGCAUCACGAUCUUCAACCUCAACACCACCUGGCUCUUGUUUAUCAAUGUCUGAAUCUGCCAUGUCUGUCUCAAAAACUCCACCAGUUGGCAGUAAACCUGGUGACCCAGCGCCCACACCCCAGCGUCAGACAUACACUCCUCCAGCUGGUGACUCUCGUCUUUCCGCUGCUUCUGCAGCAUCACCAACACCACCAGGAGCGGUGAACUUACCCUCCCUAGCAGCCCAUGAAAGUCUUACAGCCCGACCUCUGUCCACCCUACCUCUUCUAACCACUCAAGCCUCCAGGACUGCACCCGUGUCCGCCCCUCCUGCCUUGGUGUCCUUUGUGCCCUCUUCAAUGGGUACGUCUUAUGGAGUGGUCCAGAGUUCUGACUCUGAUCAGCAUCCUCCUAACACCGCUCCUCCUCAUGCGCUGAAGCAGUCGUCUUCGAAGCCAGAGCACCAUGGUCAUAGUGAGGAUAGGAAAGCGCUGGCUAACGAAAGAAAUGGAAAACCAGAGGAGCACCUCCCUCAGCUUGAUUCGGGCACGAUAAGGACACCACAGAAGGUGGAAGCUACUGAGAAUCGUAAAUCUGAAAUUCGCUCACCCAAACCCCUCACUGAUCUUCCUGGGAAAUCCUUGCAGAACACAGUCGCUCCUGAUCAAAAGCCUCAGAAUAAACCAACAGCUUCUGAAAAGCACCACAUGCAGAGCAUUAUCUGUGAGACAGAGGACUCCACGGUGGAGCAGACGCCAUUCAGAAAGUCUUCGCAUCUCCACAGCACAAGGGUAGAACAUCUGACCGAUGAAGAAGACAUCUUUGAUAACUCUUCAAAUACAGCUUCUCGCUUUGAUGGCAAUUCAACAUUUGACACCCCCUCUAGAACUGAUGUUAGCUCUGUCUUUGAAAAGACCUCUCUUCUAGACGACGAUAGUUCAUGUUUGGACGACUCCACUGACUUUGACAGCAGCUUUCACCCGAGAAAGGACACCUCUGAGUUUGACAGCACUUCCCAGGCAGAAGAGGAACCAUCUACUGUGUUUGACACCACUAGAGAUGACAGCUAUUCUGUGGAAGACUCCAGAGAUGAUGACACAUUGGACUCCACCAGGGAAGGGGAAUCGUCUGGGGCAGAGGAGACCAAGGACAGCUGUCGAACCGCAGGAGACUCCAUGCUGGAGACUUCUCUGAACGACACCUCUCAGAUGGAAGAGCCGUCUGUCGACUCAAGUGACGUGUCCAACUCACGCUCAUUUGUGCCAUCUCAGCUAGAUCAAGGAGCUGAAGCAGAGUGGGAGCUCAGAGGACAUGAUACACCAGACUCAGCUGGACGCAUUAGCAUUAAGACCACUGUUAAUGAGACAAUGACCCCCCCGAGUUUCAAGAUGAGGGAUGAGAACUUCAUCGCCUUCAGCACCCCAGCAGAGAGCCCUGCUGUCCACCCACUCCAACCAGUUACCGAUCCGAUCGUGUCAGCCGCCGGAGGACCUCUGAAAACCCCAGGGAAACCACGCAAACCUCGAACUCCGAAGGCAAUAUGGAUUAAAACCCCAGCUCCCGACAAGCCCCAGCGGAAGCGUCGGGCUCGAACCCCUAAAGUGGAGAAGAUUAAGACUGAUGAAGAGGGAGGCCAUAAAGAGGAGGUGGCCAGGGGCAGAAAGAGGAAGAGGUCUCUCAAGGUGGAAGUGAAAGAAACAUCAGGUGUAAGUGGAGAGGCUGGGCCUCCCACGGGAGAGGUUGACACCGUCACCGCCACAAUUGAAGCUGUUCUGGCCAACGCUGUUUCAGCUAUUAACACGGCACUUGAUAAACCCAAGAAGGCAAAACGGGCCAAGAAACAAGACCAAGAAGGAAAUGUGGCAAAAACACCUAAACAAGAUGUCGAAACACCUGCUGAUGAUGGUGAUGAAAAUGAUGAUGGCAGCUCCACUGCAGGCAAUGAAGAAGGUGAAUCUAGCAGACAGAGGAGGGUUGCAACAGAGGAGCAGGUCCAGUUCCCAAUGCAGCAUGGUUGGAAGAGGGAGAUCCGUGUGAGGAAAAUGGAGAACCGCAUGAAGGGCGAAACCUGGUACUACACACCUUGUGGAAGGAGGAUGAAGCAGUUCCCGGAAAUAGUCAAGUACUUGAAGAGACGCACGGAGAGUGUGGUCAGCAGAGAGCACUUCAGCUUCAGCCCACGCAUGCCUGUUGGAGAUUUUUAUGAAGAAAGAGAAACUCCUGAGGGUAAGCAGUGGGUCCAAUUGGCUAACGAGGAAGUUCCCUCUAUGAUCAUGGCCAUCACUGGCCGGCGAGGUCGACCUCCAAACCCUGAUAAAGAGAAAGCUCGGAGGGUUCGUGGCCUGAAGGGAGGGCAGGCCCGUCGCCCUGGUAGGCCUCCCAAAACCAAGAUGAUUGACCUCCUCAGCAAAGUUGACGCCAAGCUUUUGAAUCGACUUGAGGCCAAGGAAGCUCUCACAGAGGAGGAAAAGGAGAAACUUGCAAAAAUCAAAAAGAAAAUGAAGAAAAAGGCAAGAAUGAAGAGAAGGGAGGAUACGAAGAUUAAGAAGAUGAAAGCGGAAAAAAAGAAAGCCAAGCUUGAGCAACAGGCCAAGCACCUAGAGCUGAAGGCCGAACCAACCGACCCGACAGCCCCUCAGGCCACACAGCCAGCAUCAGGGAAGGCUGCGGUGCCUAAGAAGCCCGGCCGCAGGAGGUCCGUCAAGGUUGAGACUCCUCCACCAGUACAGCAGACCGAUGAGGAGAGGAUAGCCCAGGGUAAGAGGGUACUGGGUGCUCGCAGUAAAGCCAAGGCUCUGGCUAAAGCCCAGGCUGAGGCGGAGGCGGCAGCUCAUGCCGCUCUGGCAGCUAAGAGGGCAACAGAGAGGAGAGCGCAGGCCCAGAGACGUCUGGAGGAGCGGAAGAGGCAGCAGCUGAUCGCAGAAGAACUGAAGAAGCCCGCAGAGGACAUGUGUCUCACUGACCACAAGCCGCUGCCAGAGCUGUCCCAUAUCCCUGGUGUGGUUCUUUCUGGCAAAGCAUUUGCACACUGCCUGGCUGUGGUUGAGUUCCUACACGGCUAUGGAAAGAUGCUUGGUCUCAAUAUACCCAAGGACAUCCCCAGCCUCGCUACCCUGCAGGAGGGCCUGUUAGGCCUGGGCGACAGCCACGGAGAGGUCCAGGACCUACUGAUAAAGCUGGUGGAGGCUGCCCUCCACGAUCCAGGCCUGCCAUCAUUUUAUCAGUCAGUAAAGAUCCUCGGGGAAAAGCUGGUUGAUUCGGCGCUGACCCGCAGCACAGUCUCAGAAGUGCUUCGCGUCUUCUUGGAUACUCAUGGUUAUGAUACAGAAGUGUGCAACACGCUGAGGACCAAAACAUUUCACGCCCUGCCUCCUGACACCAAGGCAUCCAUCCUGGGUUACCUGGUGGACGAGCUCAACAGCAGCAACAUUGUGACGAGUGACAUUGACAACACAUUAGAAAACAUGGCAACCUACAGGAAGAACAAGUGGAUCAUUGAGGGGAUGCUGCGCAAACUGAAGGUGGCGCUAGCGCGUCGUACAGGACGCUCAGAAGAAGAGCUGUGUUUCGAGGAGAGGAGGCGCAGUGCCAGAGUGGCCGAGGAAGAGAACCUCAUUCUGGAGGAGGGUGGCUUGUCUGAGAGAGGCAACCGCCGUGCACGCAAAGAAGAGCCCAAACUCAGUGAUGGUGAACCUAGCCCGACCACUGCCAGCAUUCCAGAGCUUGAAAGGCAGAUCGAUAGGCUAUCCAAGCGCCAAGCGUUUUUCCGUAAAAAGCUGCUACAGUCAUCUCAUUCCAUGCGCGCCGUGUUGCUGGGCCAGGACCGCUACCGGCGCAGAUACUUGGCCCUACCUCACCUCGGAGGAGUUCUGGUCGAGGGGCCAGAGGAGCUGUUGACUUCUGGAGAAGUCCUUGUGGCCGAGGUCCCCGUCACCUUCCUCAAAAAGGAGCCCAAAGUCGAGGAGGCCCCCCUGCCGACCACUCCCCCUCCUAAUCUUCCUUCCUCUCCUUCCCCUGCUGGCGCUGCCCAGGACCAGACCUUUUCUCCAGAGGAGGACCCCCUCCCUGGCACCGCAUCCCUCAUGAGCCGGCCAAGAGGACGAGGACGCCCCCGAAAAAUCAAACCAGAAGUGGAGCUCCACCUCCGCACGGCGAAGAUUCGCCGCCGGCGUCGAAGUAGCGCCAGGUCGGUGGUCGAAGAAGGGCCAGGAUCGCCGAACAGCGGCACGCGCGACCUCACGCAGGCUGCUUUCCAGAGCUGGCUCAGCCAAUCGCAGGAAGCAGUGACCAACGGCACAUGCUCGGCAGCAGGGGAUGCUCCGGAGGGCAAUCGACCAGAGGAGAGUGUGAAGGAGAUGGCAGAGAAGCAGGGACAGUGGUUCAACCUGCUCCCCAAACAGCCAUGCGACGAUAACUCUCUGACUGAGCCCCAGAUACCCAGCUCACCCCCUAAACUCCUCCCUCAGAUCCCGAGCGCUCUGCCCAUGCUCGCUGCUCCACUCGUGAAGCCGGACCCGCUCUUGCCUGGCCUGACUCCUGCUGUUCCCGUGACCCCAGCAUCACCACAGGACAUUCCCUCUACACUACCUGCUUCUGCUGGUCCUGUUGGUGCCCCAUUACCACCUCAGCUUCUUCCAGCUCCCAUUCCUCCUGCCACGCCUGCGCUGACCACCCCCGCCAAGCCAGGUCGCAGGCGGAGGAGAGGUAGCCGAGGCAGUAGUCCUGCUCGCAGAGGGCCAAGAGGAGCCGCAGCCAAGCGCCGCGGCCGCCCGCCCAACUCCGUGUUCCAAGAGCUCGAGCAGCAGUACUUCACACAGCUGGUGGUCAAGCCCAUACCAGCAUCAAUGGUGCGUGGUUGGUGGUGGAUCAAGGAUCCAGAGGAACUGUAUAGCACCUUACAGGCCCUCCAUCCAAGGGGCAUCAGGGAGAAGGUGCUCCAUAAGCAUUUGGCCAAACACAUGGAGAGCUUAGCUGAGAUCUGCACCAAACCCAUCAACGACCCUAUAUUUGAGUCGAAGGUAGACGAGAAGGAUGUGCUAAUAGAGGCUCUGCAGCAGCCCUGGCAGGUGCAGGAGAAAGCAAUGGAGACUGACAUCAGCAUCCUACAGUGGGUGGAGGACCUGGAGCAGCGGGUCAUAGCCGCUGACCUCCAUCUCAAGGCGGCACCUCAGGGUGCAGUGAAUGAUGCUGAAUCCAACACCGAGACGCCGAUGGCAGAAUUUCAGCCCUACACAAUCCCAGAUCCGGACUCCACACGUGAUGACCUCCAGUACUAUGAACAUGACGCCGACCCACGUGAUGACUGGAUUGUGCGAACGAAGAAAGAGUGGUCCGGCCUCCCGCGCAUCGCCACACACCCGCUGGAUUUGGCCAUGCUGCGGUUGUCCAACCUAGAGCGAAACAUCGAGAGGCGCUACCUGAAGGAGCCGCUCUGGAACCCAGCCGAAGUGAUGCGCCUUGCUCCUCUCACUCCGACCCCAGGAGAAGAGCAUCCCAUGGAUGUCUUCAGUCUGGAAAAUGAGAUCACAUCUCGACUACGAACAUGGCGACAAGCUCUGGAUCGCUGCCGCAGCGCUCCCCAAGUCUGUCUGUGUUUACUUCAGCUGGAGAAGGCCAUUGCUUGGGAGAGAUCUGUGACUAAAGUGACAUGCCAGGUUUGCAGGAAGGGAGACAAUGAUGAUUGCCUCCUGCUGUGUGACGGCUGUGAUCGUGGCUGCCACAUGUACUGUCUGAGGCCCAAAAUCACCCAGGUGCCAGAGGGAGACUGGUUUUGUCCUACCUGCGUUGCCAAGGAGGUCUGUGAUUCACCGCGCUCGUCCAAAAAGAGGAACCGGGUGAAAAAGAGAAGAUAUGAAGACGACAGCUCUGAAGAAGAGACGACACCACGACGUAGUAGCGGUGGCGGCGGCGGCAGUGGCGGUGGCGGCGGCAUGGCAACGCGGUACAAGGAGACCGUCACACCCCCCUCAUCUUCCCGCCAAUCUGGAGAAGGAAGCGCCGCUAAACGUCGUCGCAUGACAACCCGCAACCAGCCUGACCUCACCUUCUGCGAGAUCAUUCUAAUGGAGAUGGAGGCUCACGCAGACGCCUGGCCGUUCCUUGAACCCGUCAACCCCCGACUGGUGCCAGGCUACCGCCGCAUCAUCAAGAGCCCCAUGGACUUCCUCACCAUGAGAGAGCGACUGCUACAGGGAGGGUACUGCAGCUGCGAGGAGUUUGCAGCAGACGCUCACCUCAUCUUCAACAACUGCGAGCUGUUCAACGAGGACACGUCGGAGGUGGGAACGGCUGGACACGCCAUGAGGCGUUUCUUUGAGAGCCGCUGGGCGGAGUUCUACUCAAACAAGGACAAAUAGGAGUCUACGACGCUACCCCCUGAUGGUGGGGCUGUAUACUGUUGGUGCUGUCACCGUCCCAGUCACACUCUUUGCAUUACUGCUAAGACUGUCUGGAGGUUCUUCCAGCUAUGUGUAUUCUCUCAUGUAUAGGUAUAUAUGUAUAGAUUUUGGCUAUUUGUCUGUUAUUGUUUCCUCUACCGGCCGAAUCUUUUCCAGGCCCACAGUUGAACUGGCUUGAACUCGUACCCAUUCCCCAUCACAGAGAGCGAGAAAACACGUCUCUCUUCAAUUUUCAUUCCUCCUCUCGUGUCUCCUCAUCGUCACCUCAGCACCUCAUCUCCCGUUUGCGUUCUCCUGUCACGUCCUUUCACAUGCCCCAUGUCGUAGCGAGGCCUUCGGUCAAGCCCUGCUUGUGUUGGCGAUGACACGGUCUCAGGCCCCGAGUAUUUUGGCUCUCAGACUCGUACUGAAGGUCAGCGACUGAUCACACUAUCGUGGCCCAACCGCUGCAUACCGGACCUGCUUAGCACCGCUCAACGACAAAAUGGAUCAAAACUCUUCACUGAGCUCGGGCCAUUUCUUACCUGUUCAAUGGAAUUGUAAUGUAAUGUGGUCUUAUGCCUAGAAGUAAUUUUUUUGCUCAAUAUAUUUUUAUUAUAUAUUCUAUAUAUAAAUAUAUAUAAAGAUUACAAUAGCUGGGAUUAUUUAAUAGCAAUAGCUUGUAGUGAACGUGUACAGAUUACCUUAUAGAGAUGUCUAGACGAUUUCUGAAAAGGCCAGUUAAACUCAAAGGAAUCUGUUCUUGGACUGUCACGAGUAGACGUUGUAUAACCUCCACUUAAAGUCUUGCACGCCACACAUGCACACGUUUCACCAACACAUACAUUAACAUGCACACAAUUUUCACACACACACACACACACACACACACACACACACCUUCUGCUGCUGUGUGAAAGACACUGAAACUGGGGGAUUUUUUUUAGUGUUGGUCAGUCGGUCUGGGCUUAGAUUCUUAUAUUUCACUGUCCCUCUUAUUAAAAAUAAAUUAUCAGCUGGUUACACCUGAUCUGUGUCACAGACUGAGAGGAUGCUACUGACAAGAUGGUGUUUGCAGCUUCAAAACCGUAAUUGAGCAACUGAUCCGUGUUGAAAAUGUAAUUCUGUUUGUCUGACCAGGUGAAAACAUCUAAAGAUGUGCGAGGUAGAAUGCUCCCGUUUUAAAGACUAGAAUUGCAAAGGAGCUUUGGUAAUGAGGUACUGGGCACAUCCUUGCCUGGUUUUUACAUUCCUUUUUCUUUCUUUUUUUUUUAGCUGUAAGGGCCAAUGUACGAUGUUGCACGGCAUGGUUGGUGUGCUAUGAAGGCGACAGGACGACUCCACAGUCUGGGUUUUUAUUUAAACGUGUUUCUUACACUGAACUCAAAUCCGUUGAUAGGAAAAUAAAACUUUGAUGUUCCUUGUUACACUUAAAGGGACAGACGUUUUUUCAAAAAAGAAAAAAAAAAAGACAUGAAAAACCAAAUGUGGUGUUAAGUGAAUUUUUAAUAAUGUACAGUUUUGGUGACUUUAAAUUUGUUCCUUUAUAUUUUUAGGACCAAUUCAUCAUUUUUAAGAGGAGGUAUUACAAGACUCUGUUGUAUUAAGGUGAUGUAACACGUGUGCAUCUGUAGAAUGUACUGUGAGUUGAAUAAAAACCACAUCUAGUAGAGAG